CGCUCAACACAUCAUCCUCGUUAUAUAACCAUAUUAUCUUGUCUACCUGCCCGCUGUUGCCUCGUGGCUCGUUUUGAUGGUUCUUGGUUCUUGGUUCGCGUCUAGAACGAUGAAACGUCGUUGCCGAUCUAUCCGUUCUCGUAUUCCGUGCAUGCCUAUAGUCAGCCGUCUUGCGCGUACUUAAUGGUACGUGCGCAUAUGAUACCACAGCAAUGGAACCCGACCACGCUGGAGGGUCUCUAUCUCCGGUCUCCGCCUCAGUAGCCGUUCCACAAGUUCGGAGACGCGCCCCGGCAGCUUGUCGGGUCUGUCGGCAACGGAAAGUAAAGUGCAACGUCACCGCCGUUGGCAUACCGUGUUUCAACUGCGUACGCGAUGGCCAUUCUUGUGAGGUAAAUGGGCGGAAGAAGCGCACCCACCCAGUACCAAGUUGUAACUGGGGCGUCACCAGUGCUCCUUCAACAUCAUCGUCCGCUGACCUCCCCUCAACCAUCGCAAACUCCAAGCUUCCAAUUCCAGGGCCGAUGACAACUCCUCCUGAUACUUGUCCUGUCACACCAUUUGUCCAUCAAAAUGGCAUGCAGAACGAUGAAGAGGGCGAGAAUGCUACCUUUCAGGUCGACCCCAACAUAACCACGUUCCAAGAGGAGACCGCUCCCGAACGUGGACCGGAUGAUUAUGCAAUUGAAUCUUUAGCCUCUUCUAUUAUGGAAGAUACAGUUGAAGCAACAUCUGAGACUUUUUACGUUGGAGAUCAACAAGGAAUUGGCUACAUUCUCGACAUUGUCGGUGAGUCAAAUGUAAUACCACAACAUUAUGGGUUGCCAUACAUGGUAGCGACACACGACUUGACUCCUCAAGACGUCGCAUAUCUUCGAGCCAAGGGCGUGUUCUCGGUUCCUAGUGAGCCGGUGUGUCAAGCGCUGUUCAGAGCCUACUUCUAUCAUAUCCACCCUAUUUUACCGGUGGUUGAUGCUGUAGAUGUACUCACCUCUUUUCGUAAUGGUGGUGCGUCCGCGAUUAAUCUGUUACUCUUGUGGAGUAUGUUCUCCGUGGCUGCCAAUCACGUAGAUAAAGUGAUAGUACGCCAAGCUGGUUACCAAUCUCAUAAGGAGAUGAAGAAGUCGAUGUUUGUUCGUGCCAAGUGCUUGUAUGAUAAUGGAUGCGAAGAAAACCGCAUUUCCAUCAUUCAGUCCGUCUGCCUCCUGGCUUUCUGGUACUCCGACUUGGGGGAACGAACAGAGUCAUGGCAUUGGAUGGGCAUUGCUAUCAGUUUAUCCCAAACCUUGGGUUUAAACCGCGAUCCAGAUCGUGGCCAAUACAAUAAACGGCUCUCAGACCGGCAACGCCAACUAUGGCGACGUAUUUGGUGGAGUUGCUUUUUCCGCGAUCGGUGGUUGAGCUUGGGGAUGGGCCGCCCUAUGCGAAUACACGCGCGCGAUUGCAAUACUCCGAUACCUUCCAGUGAAGAUUUAAUAAAUGACCUGAGCGAAUUGUCUGCCCAGACUCGAAGCAUGUAUAUACCAGCAGAUUUUGACCAGCUUGCUGAGUGCUGGGUAAUCCUCUUACACCUCAGCCAGGUAUUGGGCACGAUUUUGUCGGAGAAUUACAAUGCCACGGGCUCCCUACCCUCACGCGUCUGGGUUGAAGCAACCGAGCAAGACCUUAUGCGAUGCAUUUCACAAGCCGGUGGGCGACCAGAAGAUUCCAGUCCAUCAUUGACUUUUUACUCAUAUCACCUACGACUUCACUUCAACGCCGCUACUAUUGCGUUAUGGAGGCCUUAUACGAACCGCGCCCCGCCGGGCGUUCCUCCGGAUCAAGAGGCUGUGUGGUUUGCACUCGUGCAUCAAAAGAUUAGGGCAGCGGCGGGGAACACCAACACCAUGCUAGACAAGGUCAUCAGCAACCAACUGAUCGGUUAUAUUGGCCCUAUGACGGUCCCUUUACUUGUGCCAGCCAUGAAUAGUCAUCUCCUGGAAUCCAAGUCGUCGGAUCCGCUUAUACGGCAGUCGAGUCUAAACAAACUGGAUCUUUUCAUGAUAGUGUUGAGAAAGAUCCAGGAUGUUUAUUCUUCAGCCACAUUCAUCCGGGGUCUUUUCUUACAAGCAAUCGAGAAGCUCAACUCACCACGUUAUACAGGUGCGAAUACGCCUCAGAUUUUCUCACCACCACAGCACUCAAUUGGGGAUUCGGCUAGCCAGACGACGCUCCAGGGCCGCAUAGACCAUAUUCCAAUAGACACCCUCUGGCAAAUUGAAGAUCAUUUUUCUGAAUUCUGGGAUCCGUUGCCCACAUCCAGCAACGAUGAAACAGAUGGAAAUGAUGCCCACGAUAAUGACACUCGAAACUUCUAAUGAGACUAUGGAGUAUGCCACUGUUUUAGACUUACAGUGACAGAGCAAAAUUAAACACAUGAAACGAUAGAGUCUAGUGUUCCAUCAUGGUAGGGUACAGUUCUGCUGGCUCUGC